AUGGGAAACAAGAAGAAAUUAUUGGGAGAAGACACUCAAGAUGGAUGGGAGUUCAAACAAGGAAUUGCUGGAGAAGCUAAUGUAAAAAAGGAAAUACAACUCCUGCGGCGGUUACGGCACAAAAAUGUAAUCCAACUAGUUGACGUGUUAUACAAUGAAGAGAAGCAAAAAAUGUAUAUGGUGAUGGAGUAUUGUGUCUGUGGCAUGCAAGAGAUGUUGGACAGUGUUCCUGACAAAAAAUUUCCAGUCUUUCAAGCACACGGGUACUUUUGCCAGCUUAUAGAUGGCUUGGAAUAUCUGCACAGCCAGGGGAUUGUACACAAAGAUAUCAAACCGGGAAAUCUCCUGCUAACGACCAACGGAACCCUAAAGAUAUCAGAUCUAGGUGUGGCAGAGGCCUUGCAUCCAUUUGCUGAGGACGACAUGUGCCGAACAAGCCAGGGGUCACCUGCUUUUCAGCCUCCAGAAAUUGCCAAUGGCCUUGAUACCUUUUCUGGCUUUAAAGUGGAUAUUUGGUCAGCAGGUGUCACACUGUACAAUAUUACCACAGGCCUUUAUCCCUUUGAGGGGGAUAAUAUUUAUAAAUUAUUUGAAAACAUUGGAAAAGGAGACUAUGUAAUUCCUGAGGAUUGUGGUCCUCCACUUUCAGAUUUGCUUAGAGGAAUGCUUGAAUACGACCCAGCCAAGCGGUUUUCAAUACAACAGAUAAGGCACCACAACUGGUUUCGGAAAAAGCACACGCAGUGUGAGCCUCCCAUUGCCAUCCCACCCAGCCCAGAGACAAAGGAUCGGUGGAGAAGCAUGACGGUGGUGCCUUACCUGGAAGACCUCCAUGGCUACAAUGAGGAGGAAGAGGAGGAUGACUUAAAAGAUGACUACUUGGAGGACGAGAUCAUUUACACUCAGGACUUCACAAUGCCAGGGCAGGUGCCUAACGAGACGAGGCAGAACGGGCAGAGCUGCAGCAGGGGGCUGCCCAAACCGGUCUGCAUGAAUGGGACGGAGACCGGGCAGCUGGGCAGCAAGACAAAAGCCGAGCGGCGGGCGAGCGCCUCUUCCAACCCUUCCCGCAAGGCCUCUUCCGCCAGCAGCAAGAUCCGCAAACUUUCCACCUGCAAGCAGCAGUGACCCAGGCUGGACUGCCCGCCACAGCCGGAGUUCCAAAUUGCCUGCUGGCCUCCGUUCUACUCACCCACCCGUAGCAGAUGACCUGUAGAACAAGCUUGCCAUCAACAACAACAGCAAAAAAGAAGAGAUCUUUUUUUUUUAAUGAGACAAACCCAAGGGGAAAAUGGGACGGUGACUGGUACCUACCUGGUCCUCCUUCAACGCAUCUUUUCUUUUUCAAAAGAGGCUGUCGUGGGCCCGAUGGAGUCCGCGCUCCCCUUUGACUGCAAGGCUGUGGGUGGCCCAUAAAUACCCAGACUCUUUCUGUGGGUUGCAGUGGGGAGUAGGGUCAGGGGAGAGCCAGGGAGUGGUCUUUAGGGAAUGGUAUUCCUCGUGCAGACACCCUUUUCUCACCUUUCCAGGUGUGUUUGGAAUCUUGCAAGCCAUGAACACGCACUUUAUGAUGUAGUA